CUCCUACCCUGAGCCAGGAUCCGCCCGGACCCUCCACCCAGGUCUGGGCGCCCCUCUCCAAAGCCAGCCUUUCGACUUAGAGGCUGUGCGGUCGGGUGACUCUUCUCAAGAGGUGGAGACCUCCUCCUCGGGGUGUGGACCCUUCUACUGGGACACCCAUCCACCCACCCUCCUACCAAAACCCUCUUUCCCAGGAACGCCUCCCAGGGUCUGGGUGUGCUCCCCAUCCAGAGCCCGGACGCCCUUGACCUAGAGGCUAUGCGGUGAGGAACCCCCACCAUAUGGAGUCUGGGGGAAUCCCUUAGUGGAGCUGGGAUAUCUGCCUCUCAGGACCCCAGGAUGCCACGUUAGCUCCAGGCCUGUUGUCUGUGAUUCCCAGAGAAGGCCCCUGUCAGGCCCUGCCCGGUGCCCCUUACUAGUUCUUACAGGAAGGUUGUUGGCUGGGUUGGGGGUUCUGGUGGUGUUUGCAGGUGAGGGGGUGGAAAUGCAUCCCAGGCAGGGAGAAGACUUGGGGUGGGGUCAGAUCAGGCUGGGAGCCUUAGGUCUUGGGCAUGUCCCUACCUUGCUCUGAACCUCAGUCCCCCACCCUCAGUCCAUGCAGCCAGUCAGGGGCAGAAAAGGGGGGCAACAGAAGGAGUAAGUCUGUGCCCCAGCAGUGCUGUGUGGCUGAAGAGGAUGUUGACCUCUCUGGCCUGCCCUUGGCCACCUUCUGUUGGGGAAGGUAGACCUUACCAUACCCAUCUGCAAGAUGGGCGGAGGGAGGAAGCAGCUCAAACCUGACUCCUCGCCCACAGCUCCCUUUUUUUCCCCUGCACUGCACACACUAGAUGCUUUGCCUACAGGCUUGCAACCCUGUCUCAACAGCCCCCAGGUGUGGGGGCUCUUGCCUGAGCAGCUGUGGAAACCGAGGUGGAGCCUGCAUGGGGUGAGGCAGGAAGGGGCCCUGUAGACACUUCCCUUUCCCUGUGACUCGAGGGAAAUUGGGGCUGGUCUCACCCUACAGUCCUCCUGGUCCCACUCACUGGGAGCUCCCUAAAGAUACUGGAAGGGCGAAGCUUGUGGAGUUGCUGUGUGACCUCUAGUGAGGUCCUGCCCCUCUCUGGGCCUCUGGGCACCCAUCUGUGAAGUGGACUGAGGGCACUGGCUCAAAAUGAGCCUUCCGGGUCCAGGGCGCAUGGGGCGUGGGUUCGAUCCCUGGUCAGGGAACUAAAUUCUCACAUGCCUUGUGCUGCGGCAAAAAAAAAAAAAAAAAUCCAAAAGAAUGAGCCUUCCCAUCCCCCUAGGGUCACUCCAUUCCCCACCUCCUCCUGGGCUUAUUGCCUCCUGUCUUGCUAGGCUCCACUUGGCCCUGGGAGAAGGUCCCAGCCCCUUAUUUCAGUCCCAGGGCCCCCUCCUCCAGGUACCCCCCCCUCAACCCGCCCCAAGCUGAUCAUUGAGUGGACAGCCUCUACCCCGCUCUUCCGGCCUGCCCUAAUCCCUAUCACUGACUGGUUGUGUCCGGUUAUGGCCGCCCCUGCACUGGGUGUGCCUUGGCCUCAGGGGGGGUCCCGGCGUGGCCUGAGCCAGGCUCAAAGGUGAUGGCCGGGGUGGGGCGGGGGGUGGUGGCGGGGGGGCCUCAAGCAGCAGUGCAUCGUACUGCCACUAGAGGGCGCAGCCGCUCCACAGAUCGCAAGCAGGUAGCUCCUGACUUGGAAACCCUGCUUCGGGUUCUUCUCUUUGGAAACUGAGGCCAGAGAGGGGUGACCGCCCCCAAACAACAUAGCAGCCCUGAACCCAGGAAUUCCAUGAGCUUCCCCGGCACUCGGCUCUGUGAGGGGACGAGCUAGGCCUAGAGGACAAGUAGGAGUUUGCAGGGAGGGGGACAGGUGCUGAAAGUUUGGAAAGGAACGUCGGGGCAAAAGCGGUCAGGCGCAGCCGAGUGACAGUGUGUCAGCAGAGGGUUAAUGACUCUGGACAGAGGCUCUGGGAGGGGUCGAGUAGGGGCCACACCAUGAUUCAUGCACAGCCCUCCGAGGUCGGGAACUGAUUUUCUUCUGGCUCCAUAAACGUGGAAAAUCAGGCUCCAAGAGGCUGUCACUAGCCCGGGUCAGGCAGCUGAGCGGGUUUCAAAUCAGAGGAGGGGACAGCAAGAGCCCGGGGCGGGGCGGGGGUCCACUUCUGCCUCCCUCCCCCGUUGCACAGAGCGAGGGAAACCGAGGCCCGAGUGGUUAGUCCUAGGCUCUCAGGGCCCCGAUUGGGACCUGGCCAUUACACACCCCUCCAGCUCGGGCUGGACGUGCAUCGAGUCACGUCUGCAAGUGGCGGCCGGUUGAUGAUUAAACCGAAGGCAGAAUGCUCUUGCUGGGUGACCUCAGGCCCGGGUCCUCCAGGCCUGUUUUUCCUCUUUACCUCCGGAGUCUGAGAGAUACUUGCUCUGUCCCCCAAUGUUUCAGCCUCACCCCAGUGUCCCAGAGGGUAGAGGGCCGCCGGCCGGGAGCCGGGGCUUUUGUUAUUUUGCUCCACUCCUGGGCGGAGCCACGCCUCUCGCCGCGCCAUUGGCGUAUUCCCUUCAGGGGGCGGGCCCUGCGUCUCGCCCCGCCCCUCCCUGCCGUAUAAAUGCGGCGCCGGCGCAGGCCCUGAAGAGUCUCUGGCCGGGUUAGUGAGUGCGCCUGCGUGCGCCUGGUGGGUUCCCAUCCUGAGGCUACAGCGUCCGCACCUCACGCCGCCGUGUCGCGGGUUCGAAGCCAGAGGCCGCGCGCCGCGAGUUCGUAUCCCGGCCGCGAUGCUGUUCGACAAGGUGAAGGCGUUCGCGGUUCAGCUGGAUGGUGCGAGCGCGGGCGCUGAGCCCGUGUUCAGCGGCGGCCAGGCGGUGGCCGGCCGGGUGCUGCUGGAGCUGGCGGGCCCGGCGCGCGUGGGUGCCCUGAAGCUGCGCGCGCGGGGUCGCGCCCACGUGCACUGGACCGAGUCGCGCAGCGCGGGCUCGAGCACCGCGUACACCCAGAGCUACAGCGAGCGCGUGGAGGUUGUGAGUCACCGUGCCACGCUGCUCGCGCCAGACACCGGAGAGGUCACCACGCUGCCUCCUGGGCGCCAUGAGUUCCCAUUCAGCUUCCAGCUGCCACCGACGCUAGUGACGUCAUUUGAAGGGAAACAUGGCAGUGUCCGAUACUGCAUCAAAGCCACCCUGCACCGGCCCUGGGUCCCUGCCCGCCGGGCAAGGAAGGUGUUUACUGUUAUCGAGCCUGUGGACAUCAACACACCAGCUCUGCUGGCCCCUCAAGCGGGAGCUCGGGAGAAGAUCGCCCGAUCCUGGUACAGUAACCGUGGCCUUGUCUCUCUCUCAGCCAAGAUCGACCGCAAGGGCUACACACCAGGUGAGGUGAUCCCUGUCUUCGCCGAGAUCGACAACGGCUCCACGCGCCCAGUGCUGCCUCGGGCGGCCGUGGUCCAGACACAGACCUUCAUGGCGCGAGGUGCCCGCAAACAGAAACGUGCAGUGGUGGCUAGCCUCUCAGGGGAGCCUGUGGGCCCCGGGCGCCGGGCGCUGUGGCAGGGCCGGGCGUUGCAGAUCCCUCCUGUGGGGCCUUCUAUCCUUCACUGCCGCGUGCUACACGUGGACUACGCCCUCAAGGUCUGCGUGGACAUCCCGGGCUCAUCCAGGCUGCUCCUCGAGCUGCCGCUGGUCAUCGGCACCAUUCCUCUGCAUCCUUUCGGCAGCCGCUCAUCCAGCGUGGGCAGCCACGCCAGCUUCCUGCUGGACUGGGGGCUGGGGGUCCCGCCGGAGCGGCCUGAAGCCCCUCCCGAGUACUCAGAGGUGGUGGCCGACGAGGAGGUGGCAGCCAUGGAGCAGAGCCCCUUCGCACUACUGCAGGACCCUGACAUGAGCGUUGAAGGCCCCUUCUUCGCCUACAUCCAGGAGUUCCGCUACCGCCCACCACCCCUGUACUCCGAGGAAGAUCCAAACCCACCCUCAGAGGCCAUGAGGCCCCGCUGCAUGACCUGCUGAGUGGCAAGUGGAAACUUCGAGGGAUGAGAUUGUAAACAUGCUUCCAGCCACCGUGGACAUGAGUGAGGAGUGGCUGGAUCAAGAGCAGACCGGCCUGACCGCAUUGAGGUUGGGGGAACCGAGUCUCAGAACAGGGCAGGGCCUUUCCAACAUCACACAGAACAGAGGAAGAGCCAGUCUGGAGUCUGACAUGUCUGGACUGGUCCUCAUAAGGUAUCAAAUGCCCCCAGUAGGAUCCGAGAGACUGUUCAACCUGUCUGUGCCGGCCUGUGGUCCUCCAGAAGCCUCCAGUCUGGGAGAGACAGCCAGACGUCAAUUCUUCCAGGCCCACAGAACCAGAGGAACGGAACUGGAGCUGGGAGAGUUCCAAAGAGGGAGCAGAGAAGGCUUCCUGGAGAAAAGGGCAUUUUAGCUGAGGCUUUGGCGCAUGAAUAAGAGCUCAGCUGGCAGGCAAGCAAGGGGAAGGAAAAGUGGAAGAAGGUCAGAGCUGAGUGAUGAUUGGAGACUGCCCCCUUCAUCCUAGAACUGGGGCUCAGAGAGCAAGUGCCUCAGUUGAGGUCACACUGCAAGGUCCGGCAGGCGAGAGGGCCCAGGAAUGAGGCAUUCAGGGAAGUGAGUCAUGGGAGCUGUGUGGGGCCAGAGGAUGGCAGGGGCAGCGACUCCAGCCUUUAAAACCUUUGCAAGCUAGAGAUUCCUGGCCUGGGCUGGACUGCCUGGGGCCCCUCCACACACUUCAGGACGUGAGAGCCACCUGGGUAUAAUGUGGCCCAGGAAACCCAGGUUCAGAGUGGGACAGACAAAACCAGCUACGUAACUUGCAAAAUGAAGAUGUGGUGCCCCUUGUUCAAGAAUUAAGAAUUUCAAGACAGGGACAACAGAGCAUUGAACCAGGCUGCGGGGAGAGAGGUCAGCCUGGGGCGACACAGCAGGGCCAGUGUGCUUCUUCUGGACACCCCCUGUGUCCUGGAAACACAAAACAUGAUGGGGCAGCUGGACAAGCCCCCAAGUGCAGAGUCCCAGCCCCGGCUGAGGCAGGACCCCCGUCUGGGACUCCGCAUUUCCAAUAAGCCUUAAAUUGUUCUCUUUUGUACAAUUAUUUUUUAAAAAUAAAAAGCAUGGAGGAAGA